CCUCAUUCCUCUCGGUGUGUGCGCUGAGCUCGGACUGUGACCGCGCGCAGAUCGGCGCAUUAUACCGGAGCUGCACCUGGACUUCACCAGCCACGCUGCUUUAACAUACAGCUGGAGAACUUUGGAUGUACAUACUUAUUCACCGCUGCCCGACGUUUGAUCUCUUUGGGAGAAGGGCGAUAUGGGGACACGGCGUGCCGAGGUGGCACUCAGACUGGUGAUGGGGAUCCAAACAAGGAGCCUUUUUAUUCCUUUUUUUUAGAAGCUCCUGUAAAACAAUCGGAUAUCAGGACAUUGAUGACCCCGACAGCGUCGGUUUGGAGUUAACCUUACAGGAUAGAAGGGAAUUGAAGGUCGCUGCGUUGGACAAACAGAGCAUUGUCAUUUAUUCCUGCGCGCAAGGACGAUUUUCAUCGCAUAAAAGAGACUGAUUGUGAGCGGACUGUGCGCCCGGUGCGCAAAAAGACCCUCAAUCACCAAGAAGCUUCCCGGAGACGCGGGUGGCUUUAUAAUUGUCCGACAGAAAGAACCACUGAGCUCCAAAUCUUGAGUCAACUUUCUUCUUUCUCACUCAACCAAUCCGCUGGAAGGGGAGGAGCCACAUUCAAACCAUCCAAUCCAAAAUGAGGGGUGGGGCCAUGGGAGUUUUACAAGUGCUGCUAUUGGCCAGUGUGCUGGAGCCUGCAACUCUGGCAUUCAGUCGUGCACCGGUGCCCAUGGCAGUUGUUCGGCGCGAGCUGUCCUGUGAAAGUUACCCAAUCGAGCUGCGCUGUCCCGGGACGGACGUCAUCAUGAUCGAGAGUGCAAAUUACGGCCGAACCGAUGACAAAAUCUGUGACGCUGACCCCGCUCAGAUGGAGAACACGCGCUGUUAUUUACCUGAUGCGUACAAGAUCAUGAGCCAGAGUCCGUGGCUUGUGUGUCCCGUCAGUAUCCGCGUCCUUCGGUCUCUCCAGAGACGUGGUGAUUAUAUCAUGGCUGUGGGUCAGCAGGGCACAGGAGGAAUUUAA